CGUGCGCAUAGCAAGCAUGUGUAUUGCAGUUUGCUCUGCUACAGAAGGGAAAAAACCUGUCUAAUUUCUCGGUUGACGUUGGUAGUGGUGAGUGGAACGUGAAGUUUGCUUGUUUUUGUGGAAACGCUAAUCUAUGGACGCUGGAUCCAAUUUUGUCGCUGUUCUGUAAAACACCGAGCGCACCUUUUCAGAGAAAGGAGGAUCUUUUCUAAAAAAGCACCAUGGAUCUAGCAGCUGUGAUUGAGACCCUGGGUCAUCUAAACACAGCGCAGUUAGCCCAACUACGAAACCACCUUCUUUCUCAAGAUGUGUCGUCACUAGGUCUGUCUGCCGACCAAGCCAUGGGCCUCUUGCAGGCUAUUGAGGAGCACGACACAAGAGCUGCACAAGUACAGCCCAAGUUUGUACCGAGUCAACCUGCCCCCAGCUUCCCAGUUGCCCAACAGCCUCCAGAUCUAGAUAUGCCCAAGGUUAUUGAUAAUAUCAACCGACUUUUCACGUCCGCUUUCGGGACUCAACAAGGAGGGGCGGACAACAGUGUGGGAUACCAGUCGAACAGUGAGCUGUCUGCUAUUAACGAGAGGGUUCAGAUGCUUGAGAUGCAGCGAGCGCGGAUCUUAAAUGCGCAGAAGCAGGAGCAGCAAGGCGUCCAGGUGGCUCUUGGUGAUGGGAACUUAUACACCGGACCAAAUCCUAAGCGGAGAAUGAUUUCCAACGAUGGAAUGAACUUCAAUGCAGCUCAAGGAUUUCAAGGAAACUGGCCGCAAGGGGGUAACCAGAUGAGCCAAUCAGCUCUCCAGAUAAACCAACCCAGAGCCAAGAUGAACCAAUCAGGAGGCGGGCAAGAGAUGAACCAACCCAGGGGCGGGGCCAAGGCCAAUAGAGGAGGAUUUACUAACGCUAAAAAGAACAAUAGAACCCGCAGGAAGAGGGGAAGAGGCGGUCAGCAACGGAGGUCUCCUGGGAGGUCUCCUGGAAGGUCUGAACCUAGGGGAGACUCCUACGGGAGGCGGUCACCGGAUGACCAUUACGACCGGAGGAGUAGGUCCAGGGAGAGUGGGGGGCGUGACAGGAGGGAUAAUUCAAGCGAUAGAGGGCGUUCUUACGGAAGGCGGAGUCAGGACAGAGACCGACGAGAUGACUCGGGGUAUCGCAGAGGAAGAAGGGAGGGUUCAAGGAACAGAGACUUGGAUUCACAAGAGAAGAAGUACCAUGACGACGAUUAUGGUCGCAGGAGUGAUGAUAAUGACAACAGGUCGUACCAAGGUGAAAGGUGGUACCAAGAUGACCGAAGGUCGUGUAGAGGUGACAGCCCAUCCUACCCAGACUCUCCCAGGCGUGAUGGAUAUUCCAGAUCAGAAUCCAUAGACUUCGCCCGGGAUGACCAGUUUGACGACGGGAGCGAUAGACAGGGCCAGAAGCGUAAGCAUCGAGACUUUGAUGAAGGCAGUUGGCACGCCGAUGGCAGACCCGACCAAGAACCUCCCAGAAGGUACAGCCAAGAACGGGACUACCCUGACCCGAGGUUCAGCGACGGAGAUCAACCUAGGAGAGGCGAAGGGCUUUACCAAGAGCCACCGUUCAACUACGGGACUAAGAGAGAACAUUCCCGGGAGAGGGACAAGAGGAGAUGGGAUGAUGAUCCCAAGGUGGAUGUCUUGGAUACAUUUGCAGAAAUAGAAGCCAGAUGGCGUGAACGAGACCUAAACAGACAACAAUGUCCAGGUGAUGAGUUUCUCCUUCGGCAAGGUGAUGUGCUCAAUCCGCGUUUAGCACGGGCGACGUACGUAGCAGACCAGUUACUGACAAACCCACCGGAGAGGAGAAGUCUGGAUCUUGAUCUUGGCAGAAUCCAGCCGAUUCCUUUAGCACUGGGCUUAGGUGCUAAUCGACAACUCCCGAGCCAACCACUCGCUAACCGGUUAGGCCCGCAGGUACCUCGAGCCGGUUUUCCGAGAGGUUUUUCAGGACCGGCGACUCCUUCAAGACCGGUGAUUCCGCCAAAGCAGACUCCAGUUUCCGCAAAAAUGCAAGGGUUCCCCAAGAGGAAUCAGGCAAAUCUGAUAAAGCCAGAUGCAAAGAGUUUUUCAAUGACAAGAAGGGUUUAUCAGACCCAGGGAGACAUUGUCCUCGUUAACUUGUUGUUUAAAGCACGUAUACCAGACAAGUUACCCAUAAAGAAUCUUCAAAAUUCAACAGGGGCAAAUGUGAAAGUGGUAGCUGGAUCCGUACCUCCGGCUGGUGCGCCCACCGUCGAUCAAAACAAGGAUAAAUCCAAAGAUGUCCCAGCUGUCGGUGGAGGUGUCGCUGGCAAGACCUUGACUAAAAGACCCCGGCCAUUACCCUUGAGUCCAGAAGUUAACAGCAUCGGCAAUCAGUGUGAGCUCCUUGAAGCCCUAGAUCUCCAAGGAUUCUUGUACCAGCGAGUAAUGACGCUCUGGACGUGCUACAUUUGCAAUACAUCCUUAAAGAAUGGAGCAGCGUAUCAGAUUCACAUUGGUUCCAAGAAUCACAUCAGGACGUGUAUCAGGCUGCAAACGUACGAGGGCGCUCUUGAGCGUCGGAAGGUCGCAUUCGCCCUGCGCAAUCUGCCCAAUCAAAGAAGCUACGCCCCUGAGCAGCUCAACGCCGGGAACAUGAGCCGAAUGUUCUUCUGCUACGAGUGCGGGGAGGGUUACGCAUGCAAGGCGCUGGAACACCGGAAAACGGAACGCCAUUUGACUUUGGAGGAAUACAGAAAGCACUGUAAUUUAUGCAAUUUUUACUGCAGAGACAUGAAAGCCCUGGUGAAGCAUCAAAAUAGCAAACUUCAUAUCGCGUUGAAAGCUAUCAAGAACAAGGAUGGAUCUCAGGUCCCGGGAGAUGCGCAAAACAAGACACCAAUCUUUAGCAGGACGUUCGUUCCCACUAGGGUUCCCGUGUUCGGUCAGAAACCAGUUCCCAACAAAGCAGCCGAUUCCAGUAGGACCCCUGUUACCAACAAAGCGUCCUCCACGACAAAAUCGUUACCAACCAGGAUAACCACCUCCAACAAGUUGUUCACCUCCAAUAAGUCAUUGCCAUCCAACAAGCCAUUGAGAUCCAAUAAGCCAAUCACAUCCAAUAAGUCAUUGACAUCCAAUAAGCCAUUGACACCCACCAAAGAGCUGUCCUCUGAUAUGACUGAAGGUACAGCGCAACCGAACAUCUCAGGAUUACAGAGUGAAAGAAAAUCUAUCAAGGUGACACUGAAAGGGGGUAAGACACCGGUCACCGCGACGGACUCUGGUCAGGAAGAACUUAUUGGUUUGGACCUCGUCAUCCCUGUGACUGGAUUCUUUUGUCGAUGUUGCUCCAAGUUUUACAACAAUAAAUUCAUGGCUAAGCGCAAUCACUGCAUGACGGCAGAGCACAAACAGAAAGCACUGGCUUGGUUUAAGUCUCACGGCACACCCAUUCCGCAGAAGAAACCAGGAGCAAGCAAUGAAAAAGAAGCCCAGAGUUCAACUCCGAAAGCCCCACAACCAAAACCCUAUCAGUCUGAAACCAUCAUUGUCAUCGACGACGAUGACGACUCUGAUGAUGAUAUUAAAGAGACAUCGAAGGAGAAACAGCAGCUACCCCAACGCCAAGACAAAACGGACACUGGUGAGGUUACCACACAGGCUCACCUUGGUCUCAAAGCGGAGGUGAACACUGACUCUGAGGAGGACAAUGGAAAGAUGCUAGGGCAUGCUGAAAACAGUAAUGACAGUUCGAAGAUUGUUAAAGAUAAACAACAACCUAUCGAUAGACCUGUCGGUAGGAAGCUGCGAGCCAUCAGAGCACAGCAUCAGACCAAGGACAGUGAUCUUGAGGAUGGAGAAAUACUCUCUGAGGAAGGAGAGUUGUCUUUUACUGUGCAGAGUGAAGCAUCCGUGGAGAAAAUGGAAGCAGAGACCAUCAAAGAACUUCAGUAUAAGAGGGAGGAACUUCUUGCUGCCAUGAAGAUGGUGACAGCAGAGACGGACGAACAACCCGAAGAUAAGACGGAAGAUCUACCUGCCGAAAAGACGGAGAUGGGAGAUGUUGUUGAAACCCUGGAAGGAACUGUUGAUUCAACUUCCGCUGAGAUGGAAGUUGAGGCUUCUGAUUCAACUGUCCAAGAGAGUCAGGAGCCGUCCUCUGAAACGAUGGAAGUCAUGAUCAAAGACCAAGCCAUAGAGGAAACUGAAGAUCCGUUGCCUAGUAGUGUUUCAGAUCAAAACGUAAAAGAAAAUGUAGAGUCAGACUCCGGGGAGACUGAAAAACCUGAUCUAUCGGUAGAAGAAACGGACAUUACUUAUGGUGAGGUGGACAAUAUGGAUACAGUGCAAUCUGGUAAGAUUCUUGAAGAGCCACCGAUUAGAGAGAUGGACAAAGAAUCCGAUGGUCCAGAGAGUGACAUGACGACAGAACCACCUAUGGAAUUGGAAACCGGAACCACCGAUUUAACAAAGUCUAGUGAUGCUGAGCAUGAAGAGACUGAAAUACCACAAGCUGAAGGAGAAGACCUCCCAAGUGGUGGAGUUCUCGAUUCAGAGGAAAUCGAGCAACCCAAAGAAGACGGCGGUGAAACCCCUGCCGAUAAAGACAUUGUCUUGAACGAGGACGACUUAUAUGCCAAUCUCGUCGAGCACGCCCCAGAGGCAGAAGUUGAAGAGAGCUUAGAGCCUGAAGAGGAGCAGGGAAACGAGGAGCGGGAGGAGGAGGAUGAUGAUGAUGAGGACACAAGGUUCUUUAUCGAUGAGGGAACUUGGGAGGUGCGGUCUGAGGAAGACGGCAGCAACGGGGAGCCAUUCGAUGAUGAUGCGAUUUCGGAAAGGGAUGAGGAUGAUGAUGGGUUGGUAAUAAUUGAAGAUGAGGAGAACACUAGUAAGAAUGUAGAAGAGAAAGAUGACGAUGUCGAGUCUUAGAUAUCUUUUGUAAAAGCUGCAUCUUAAAGGCACUGGACACUAUUGGUAAUUACUAAAAAUAUUUGUUAGCAUUAAUAACUUACUUGGUA